UGUGCUGGAUCUCCACGCUUUUGCGCUGAAGGGUCAAAUAUUUCGUGUGUGUGUUUUAUCCAGCUAGCAUGACACGAGAGGAUAUAAUCAGUCUGUAAAUCGAGAACUGGAGAUGGAAAAUGUUGGGAGUAAGAUUUUUCAUCAAGAUCAUGCUUGUGCAAGCAUCCCUGCUCAGUGGAACAGUGCACAACCCUUUUGACUCGGCUAAAAUUCAUGCAGAUUCUGAUUAAAUAAUUGGUUUGGCACAUCGUAACUAUUUGGGGACCCUUAAGCUAAUUCAGAAAUGGACCAAGAGGACCGCUCUCCACUAAAGCACUUUGUAGUAGCCAAAAAGAAGAUAAAUGAUGUCUUUGAGCAGCUGCUGGGCUAUGUCCAAGAGGGCUCAGAGUUUGUAAAAGAAACAUGUCAGAAUACGUCGCUGGAGCAUAUUGCAGACAGCACUCAGCUGCAGGAGAUUGAAUCGUAUACUGAGAAACUGGCGGUCAUCAAAGAGGUGCUCGCUCGCAGGCAUAUGAAGGUGGCCUUCUUUGGCAGAACGAGCAAUGGAAAAAGCACUGUUAUCAAUGCCAUGCUGCGGGACCGGGUGCUUCCCAGUGGCAUCGGACACACUACAAACUGCUUCCUGAGUGUUGAAGGCACUGAUGAAGACAAGGCUUAUCUGAAGACGGAAGGAUCUGAGGAAGAGAAAAGCAUCAAGACAGUGAAUCAGCUGGCCCAUGCACUGCAUAUGGACGAGAGCCUUGACGCUGGCUGCCUGGUCAAAGUGUUCUGGCCCAAGACGAAAUGUGCUCUUCUUAGAGAUGAUCUGGUUCUUGUGGACAGUCCCGGGACAGACGUCACCACCCAGCUAGACAGUUGGAUUGACAAGUUCUGCCUGGACGCUGAUGUAUUUGUGCUGGUGGCCAACUCUGAAUCCACACUAAUGAACACGGAGAAGCAUUUCUUCCACAAAGUAAAUGAACGCCUUUCAAAGCCCAACAUCUUCAUCCUGAACAACCGCUGGGAUGCUUCUGCUUCCGAACCAGAGUACAUGGAUGAUGUGCGGAAGCAGCACACGGACCGCUGCGUGAACUUCCUCGUGGAGGAACUGAAGGUGGUGGACCGAGAGGAGGCGCCCAACCACAUCUUCUUCGUCUCUGCCAAAGAGGUGCUGAACUCCAGGAUGCAGCGGGCGCAGGGUAUGCCAGAGACUGGAGGAGCUUUAGCAGAAGGCUUCCAGGACAGAUUGAAGGAGUUCCAGAGUUUUGAGAGAACAUUUGAGGAGUGUAUCUCGCAGUCAGCAGUGAAAACAAAGUUUGAGCAGCACACAAUCAGGGCAAAGCAGAUUACUGAGAGUGUCAAAGACAUCAUGGAUCAGAUCCACAUCGCUGCUGCUGAAAAGAGAGUGGCCUCUCUGGAGGAGCGAGAGUAUCUGAUGGACAGGCUGGAGUUUGUUCGCAAUCAACUCAACAUCCUCAUCGAGGACAUUAAGAAGAAAAUCAAGGUUAUCACAGAGCAGGUGGAGAACAAGGUAUCUAACGCCAUGGCCGAGGAGAUCUGUCGACUCUCAGUGCUAAUAGAUGAGUUUCACUCAGACUUCCACCCAUCACCCCACAUCCUGAAGCUUUACAAAUCUGAACUGCUGAAUCACGUGGAGAAAGGCAUGGGGAAGAACCUGGCGUUCCGGUGCUCUGACGCCGUUAAUGCUUCUGUGCAGUCUUCUCAGAAAGAUAUGAUUGAGUGUUUACAGCCUCUGCUGCCCUCCACUGUUCAGAGCCAGAUCCACAUGCUGAUCCCCAACAGGAAGUUUGAUCUCAGCUAUGAUCUAAACUGUGCCAUACUCUGCGCUGAUUUCCAGGAGAACAUCGAGUUUCAGUUCUCUCUGGGCUGGGCUGCCCUGGUUAGCCGCUUCCUCGGCCCAGCUAACGCUAAGCGUGCCCUCAUGCUGAUCGACCAGAACCUAAAGCUGUCACAACCUGUAGCCACCACCCCUUCAAGCGGCCCCGUGGUUCAGGCCCCGCCCCCCGGAGCCCCUGCCUCUCAGGGUCAGUCUCAGGCAGUGAUGACCCAGGAGGAGCUGAUGAUGUCCAUGGCUACCAACCUCGCCUCGCUCACUUCACGCACCUCCAUGAGUGUGGUUAUCGUUGGAGGAGUGGUGUGGAGGACGAUAGGUUGGAGAGUCAUUGCUCUGUCUAUGAGCCUGUACGGCGUGCUCUACCUGUACGAGCGGCUCACCUGGACCACCAAGGCCAAAGAGAGGGCUCUGAAGAAGCAGUUUGUGGAUUAUGCUACUGAGAAGCUCCAGUUGAUUGUCAGUUUCACCAGCUCCAACUGCAGUCACCAGGUCCAGCAGGAGAUAGCCAGCACUUUCGCCAGGCUCUGCCAGCAGGUGGACGUGACCCAGCGAGAUCUGGAGAGUGAAAUUAAGCGACUAACUACGAAGAUCCAGGAGCUGGAGACGGUCCAGGGUCGCUCUAAAGCCCUCAGGCACAAAGCCACACACCUAGAGAGUCUGCUGGAGGACUUCACCCGUCAGUAUCUAUACCCACACCACUGAUCUGAGGUUCCUCACAUACAGACAGCUCCUCAGUCUCAGUGCUCAGCCUCGGAUCAUCUCUGGGGAGGACUUCAGUUGAUUCUGUUAUAGGCAGGUGGACGGUUGUAUCUGCACUUUAACCAGGGAUAUAUUUGCAGAAUGUGCAAAACGGUCACGUACAGGUUUGGUUUUAGAUUUCUUUAGUAUGAACAAUCUAUUGGUGGUUUGAUUGCUGUGUUUAGUUUGUUCUGUGAUCAGAUCUGAUUACACUACUGUAGAAACGGUGGGAGUGGUGGCAGAUGGGGAAAAUGUUCAACCAUGAAUUUUGAAGUAUAGCAGCAGAGCUUUUCUUGCUACGCGGUUGAAUACAUGGCAGUUCAUGGCACACUGUAAAGGAAUUUUUAUUGAACAAAAUCCAGACUACUUCUGACCAUAUCCGGCAGACUUGAAACAGAGCCUUUUUCCAUGCCUUUUUUCUAGAAACCUCAACCAAGUUCAGAACCAACCAGAGGAAAUGGUGUAUUUUGUAGAUAGCCUUUUGAUCACAAUGCCUGUUUUUCUAUAUGUUCCUCAAAAACCUUUCUAAUAUUCUAACCCAUUGUGAAAACUUUCUUUAAAAAAACAAAUUAUGUUUAUGGAUUGUCUCUCUCCUUUGUAAAAAGUAUGUAAAUGUUCACUUUAAAUAUCAGCCUAAAAAUGUAUUUCAACAGAGAAAAAAAUAAAAUAUUACCACAUUA